CUUCGCAUAUUCGGAAAGCACCUUUUUCUUUUUCUAUUAUAUUUUAUUUUAUAAAAUCCUAAAAUUUAUAAACCCUAACCAAUGCAUCACCACCGCACAUAUAUUUCCCUCCACAAACCCUACCCAUCAUAUACAUCUCACCUUAGCUCUCUCUCUGUGCAACGGCUAGGCUUCGAAGAUUGGACAAUUAUCGUUGACCCAAUGGCUUUGGUGUUGCACGCGGGGAACACUAAUAAAAAUGGUUUCAAGGCACUUAUUGCUGCCGAGUACAGUGGUGUCAAAGUUGAACUGGUGAAGAAUUUUGAGAUGGGUGUGUCCAACAAAAGUCCCAAGUUUCUUGAAAUGAACCCCAUUGGGAAGGUUCCUGUGUUAGAAACACCUGAUGGACCUGUUUUUGAGAGUAAUGCCAUUGCACGCUAUGUUACUCGGUUGAAGGCAGAUAAUCCUCUUUUUGGUUCUACCUUAAUUGAAUAUGCUCAUGUGGAGCAAUGGAUUGAUUUUGCCACUUUGGAGAUUGACGCCAAUAUUUUGCGAUGGUUAAUACCACGUAUCGGUUUUGCUGUUUACCUUCCUCCGGCUGAGGAAGCUGCAAUUUCUGCAUUGAAGAGAGCGCUAACUGCUUUGAAUACUCAUCUUUCUUCCAACACGUACCUGGUCGGGCAUUCUGUGACGUUGGCUGAUAUCAUUAUGGCAUGUAAUUUGACUCUGGGAUUUAGCCGGUUAUUGACAAAAAAAUUUACCUCUGAAUUUCCCCAUGUUGAGAGAUACUUUUGGACCUUGGUUAAUCAGCCAAAUUUUCGCAAGAUAUUGGGCGAAGUUAAACAAGCAGAAUCUGUUCCAUCUAUUCAGUCAGCAAAGAAGCCUUCACAGGCAAAGGAACCCACAAAACCUAAGGAUGAACCAAAGAAAGAGGCCAAGAAAGAACCAGCGAAGCCUAAAUUAGAAGAGGCUGUUGCUGAAGAAGAGGCACCCAAGCCCAAGGCAAAGAAUUCUCUUGAUCUUUUGCCUCCUAGCAAGAUGAUUCUGGAUGAAUGGAAAAGGCUUUAUUCAAACACAAAGACCAACUUCCGUGAGGUUGCUGUUAAAGGAUUCUGGGACAUGUACGAUCCAGAGGGUUACUCUCUUUGGUUCUGCGAUUACAAGUACAAUGAUGAAAAUACUGUAUCAUUUGUGACUUUGAACAAGGUGGGUGGUUUCCUGCAGCGGAUGGAUUUGGCUCGUAAGUAUGCAUUUGGGAAGAUGUUGGUGAUUGGCUCGGAGCCUCCAUUUAAGGUUAAGGGCUUGUGGCUCUUCCGGGGACAAGAAAUUCCAAAAUUCAUAAUUGACGAGUGUUAUGACAUGGAACUGUAUGACUGGCGUAAGGUUGACAUCACUGAUGAGGAUCAAAAGGAGCGCGUUAAUCAGAUGAUUGAAGAUCAGGAGCCUUUUGAGGGGGAGGCUUUGUUGGAUGCCAAAUGUUUCAAGUGAUGAGAGAAGUGUCCUAAAGAAGUAGAUGUGUCCUUGGAUUGGAAGAAGCAAAUUUAUAGAAACUAGCCCUAAAAUGGCACAGAUGCUCUGGUGAGAAAGUAUUUACAGCUACUUCAUUUGGCCGAAUAAAUUGAGGUAAUAUGUUCAGUGUGGAGGUAUUUGAGCUUCUGCAGCGUCAUUCUCUUCGUAAUUUCUGCCGCCGGUUAGUUUUGUUGAAGCACCUCAUGGAACAGUAUUGUUAUGAGAAUUUCUCAGUGGGUUUCUGGAAUUUAUUAUAAAGUAAAGCAUGGUGCUCAUGGCUUCUAAACAAUGUCUGGCUCUUAUUCAACUUCUGGCGCAUAUGAAGAGAGCAUUAUUCAAGUGUAUUGCACUCAAUGUUUCCAUACUAUUAUAACUUUUUUUUAUUUUUUAUAAAAGCAUUUUAUAGCAUGUUUUAAGGAUUGUGUUGCUUCUAGGUUUUGUGUUUUUAUUUUGUGAAUAAGAUUCAAAUGGAAGGCUCUUGACUGUCAAUAGGUCUGCUCCAAGAGGAACAUGCAAAAAACGCCCACCUCGUUCGUUUGAACCUGCUUUCUAGAAUCAUGUUGGUAACCUGCCAUGGAAGGUCGAUAAUGCUCAACUGGAGCAGGUUUUUAGUGAACAUAAUAGCGUGGUGGAGGCAAGCAGUGGUCUUUGAUAGAGAAACUGGACAAUCACUAUAAUGAAAUGCUAAUGGGAUAGUUGGAGAAGAGAAAAGUUAGCCUAAAACAAGAUCGUAACAAUAUUCGCUGGAGUUGGUACAGGAGAUUGGAGUGUGCCGGAGGCUGAAAUAGCCUAGAAAGGUAGCUCUCAAGUUUGGCCAGCAUACAGAUGACAGAGAUAUUGUGUAAAAGUUCUGUUGCAGGUUUGGAAUUUAUUUCCCAGCAAGAGCAAAAGGUUUAGCUAGCAAAAUUUGACAGAGGAAAGAGCAAACAGAAGGCUGAAAAAUACUAAGAUAAGAUAACUAGCUAGGGCUAGAUGACGGUGAGAAUGAACACCCUCAUAGGGCUCAGUAUGUUCAUAUAUUCUGUCACUUCAGUUUGAUUGCUGUGUUUCUAAUAAUAAUAUCAAGUUGAA